AGAAUGAACAAAUCUGUGGAAGAAGUGUGUGACUGGCUAUCUCCCCCAUGGGUCUGCUUUAAGCUGCAUGUGACUGGACCGAGUAAUCAGACAGCCAAUGUGCAAGGAGAGGAUGCAGCCAGCGUGCAAGGAGAGGAUGCAGCCAGCCUCAGGUGUCACUAGGAAAAAAAUGCGGGCCGAAUGCCUUAAGAAACAUCCCAAUCUAUCCAUCCUGCAAGACAAAAUGAUCCGCACACGAGUAGAGAGGAGAAAAUACUUGCAAACUCAUUCAACUAUGGAGGCCCUUGAAGAAUAUCCUGGGCUAAGAUUCCCAGUUAUACUCCUCACAGAAUCACAAAGCCAGCUAGAUGUUGACAUAGACCGCAGCAUCAUGACAGGAAUGGGUCAAAUCGCAAAGAAGGUCAUAGAGGAAUGUCAGCGGCGAGCUACUGGACAGGACCUCUUUUGCAUGUAUGAGGAGGCCAAAUCAAUGCAACAUGAGGAGUGUCACAGAGGUCUGCAAGUCAUCCUGGGCACCUUGCUCCUUCCAUACCUGUUCAGAGAGAACCCCAAAGCACUUUAUGUGAUCAAUAGAAAGGAUCCAGAGGUUCCAACGCCGGUACUGGUCAUUACAGGGAACCCCUUCAUGGAGGCUUCUUUUGCUGUUCAACUCGACUUUCAGGAUGUCCUUACCCAAGAAGUUGAUGAGGUCACCCAGGCUUUGGCCACCCUAAUGUCUAUUUAUUUUGUUUUUAAUAUUGCAUACCAUAAGAGUGUAAAAAACACCCUCUGUUUCAUACAAAAAUACCUAAUGUCAAACACACCAGAGGGAAAGAUCAGCCCCACUGUAAUUAAAAUGGCCAAUUAUUUAUUUUCUUAAUUUGUUUUGUAUUGGUCGAAAUAUAUAUAUCUUUGAGGAUAUAAAGCAAAAAAAAAAAAGUACCAGUGACAGAAAAA